AUGGAACUGAGUGGGCUGAGCAUUAAUGAAGAGGACCAUCUAAACCUGGGACCUUCCAUCUCAGCAGAAACCAACAGGCAGGAUGAAGGUGCUGACGUGAUGAAGAACAUGGAGACUGAGCCGAAGAAGAGAAAGGGAACCGUGGAGAACAAGGAACAGCAGGUGAAGCUCAGGAAUGGCGAGGAGACUCUGUAUGAGCUGCCAGAGAGCGUCCGUGCCUCCUCUGCCAACAAGACCCAGGAGAUGCUCUCCAUCCAGAUGCUGAGCGGCACUCCUGAAGCAGACCUCGGAACUGACACAAAUAUAAAAAACACCACCUCAACUGAAGAGGCCAAGGCCAAGCUGCUGGCAGAGGAGCAGAAGAAAAAGACAGGCAGCAAAACUUCCUUUGUUCCCACCAACAUGGCUGUUAACUAUGUCCAGCACAACAGAUGCAAGUCUCGCGGAGCUCUCCUCACCCAGGUGUGACCCUCUCCACUGCUGAAGAAAAAGCAGUCAGUUGGGACAGAGUCUGAUGUGGGACAAAUUAGUUCAUCUAUCAGCACAAGCAGCUGUCCGAUUCCUUUUUCUGGCGUGCUCAUAUAGACCCCAUCUGGCUUGGUCUUUUUCUUCCAUCCGUCAGCAAGGAGAGGUAGCAGCAGGC